AGGACAAUGCGAAAGAUGGAGGGGUGAGACGCAAAUAUUUUGAGUCCAAGCUACGAUGCAUCAUCAUACAUCAAGCUCCUCGUGUGCUUAUAAGGAGGUCGCUCGCCCCAACCCAGUGGCACAGGGGACUGAGAACCGACCGACAUCCCUCCCCCCUCUUUCGCACGGAGUAAUCAUCGCUCCCCGUGUGCCCCUUGCGUCUCACGGGUUGGGCGAAUGCUUCUGUAGCAGGUUAGUCCUUGAUUAACUCGAGUGAGCCAGCAUGAAGUCGGUGUCGGUACACAUGAGCGGUCGCUUCAAGGCGACCUGCUUGGCCUCCCUUGCCGGAGUAGCACUCCAUGUCACCUUCGUACACGCCAUCCCAUGCACUCCUCCCGGAGAUCCUUUCGAGGUCAUUGAUCCCCAAGUCUGGGUCAACCCCCACGACAUGGUCUGGGACGACUUUGUGCCGCCACCCGGGGUCAACUGGGCCGAUCCCGACCGGGCCGGGUCGGAGCGAAACUUCAACAUCGCCUUGGUGGCCAUCGACUACCCGAACAUGCCCUUCGUCGUCACCCAGCCGGUCCAGUCGACCAUCUUCAAGAAUCCCCAGCCCAUAGUGUCGGACUGGAACAUAACGCGCGCCAACGUCGCCAGGUUCUACCAAGACCUUCUCAACACGCCAAGCCAUCUGAAUCGGAAUCACACACUGCAUGAAUACUGGAUGGAGGACUCGGCUGGCCGCUUUGGCGUCGACCUGACCGCCUUCGGUCCGUACGAAAUGCCCGCCAACUCGUGGCAAUAUGGCAUCGAAAACCGCAUGAAUCCGGGAGGGUGUCCGGCAGGAGCAAGCUGCAACCUCAACAUCCGCACUGACGCGCUCCGCGCCUGGCGAAACGAUGUAGGCGACGAGACGGCCGAUUCCUACGAGCUCGUAUUCAUUACGUCAGCCGGCCAGGACGAGUCGUCCACGUGGCAAGAGUUCGGGGAGAUGCUAUUCGGAAGCCCGGACGAGGUGACGGACGCGUUCGGCCCUCCCGCGGGCAACGGGCCCAACUUCGCCAGCACGCGGUACGUAAACUGGACGUCUUGGGCCUCCGCGGCCACGCUGUGGCCCAACGCAGGCAGCGGGUCGUCGACGCAGGCCGAGAGCUCGGGCAUGGGCGUCUACGCGCACGAGCUGUCGCACCUGCUGCGCAUCGCGGACAACUACAACAACCCGUACGGCGAGCCGGCGCAGCGGUCCUACACGGGGCCGUGGUCUAUGAUGUCGCGCGGCAGCUUCAACGGGCCCGGCGGGCCGCACUCGCGGUGGCAGAUCCCCGCGCUGCAGGGCGGCGCCAUGGGGUCGCUGCACACUGUCCGCGACAAGCUGCAGCUCGGGCUGGCGGACCGGUCGAGCGUGCUGACCGUGCGGCGGUCCGAAUUGGCGGCGGCGCGAGGUGGUGUCCUGGUGGCGGAUGUGACGGCGCGGUGCGUCGCGGUGGGAGAGGGCGAAUUGCUGGGGGUCCGGAUCGCGCUGGACGAGGACGGGGACCGCACGCCGGCGUGCGACGCGCGGACGACGCCGUUCUGCGACGGCGGGCCGUACGACUACUACGAGGUCGAAGUGGUGGACCGGAUGGGGGCCGACUCGUUCCAGCCCGACGCGGGGGUGCACUUGUCCAAGACGAAGGAGAGGGACGUGCUGCCGUUCCAGUGGACGGUGGAUGCCAACCCGCAGGACGUCGGGCUGGUGGACUUUGCGCUGCCGGACGGGACGGAGAGGUAUGUCACUGUUGGGGAUUAUCGGCAGUUGGCGGAUGCGCUGUUCCAUGCCGGCACGCGGUCGGGGAGUGCGUUUGAAUAUGUUGACGCGGCGAAUGGGUUGCAUUUUUACGUGCUGGCGAAGCAGCGGUCGGAGGAGGGGGAGCUGCGCUACUCGGUGGCGGUGCGGUCGUUGGAGGCGGCGGCGGCGGGUCGGGGGGAGGCGGGCCAACACGGGGUCGUACGAUGAAACGGACGCGGCGGUGGAGGCGCGGUGGGAUGUGUUCCGGCUGAGUGCCGAGGUGGAGGGCGAGGGAUGGCGGGUUGAGGUGCCGAACUCGGUGUUGGCGGUGGAGUUUGGGGGGAAGAAGGGGGUCGCGAAGGUCGCGAUUGGGGCGGAUGCGGAUGCGGCGGAGGGGGGGGGGGGGGGG